AUGGCGGCUCGCGGGAGUUUGAGUUUGUUUUCUUGGAUUCGUUUCGUGUUUUUGUCAUGUUGUUGUUUUAAACAGAUUGAUGGAGUGACAUAUUCUAUUCAGUACGAAACCCCAACGACUUGUGGAGCUAGUCAGUAUUACGACAUAGCUGGUCUAGUGUGCAGGGAUUGCGAUUCCGUGUCUCAAACACAAAGUAGCGAUGGACUGUCAUGCAGUUGUAAAUCUACAUACAAGACAAGUAGCGUCGAAGGGGGACCUUCAUUAACAUGUGAGGCCUGCCCUGCAGGACAGGUUAGUACAUUAGACGGAUGGAACUGCAUCUAUUGUGACACUCUUGUCCAAAGCCAGUGUGAGGCAUGCCCCUCUGGACUCAUUGGUGCGGAGUACUCAAUAACUGGAGUCCUUCAAUCCAAUAAAACCUGUGUGCAGUGUGACGCCUUCUCCUUACCCAAUGCAGACAGAACACAGUGCGAAAGGUGUCUGAGGUACCUGGGGACAAGUGAUACCUGCCUGUGUAGCUCUCCGAACACCUUGUUCAAUGACCUUUGUCUAUUAUCCACUGAGCUGAAGCAACCAAGGGAAGAUACGUACAGGGUGACGUUCGAAGUUCUUGAUAGUCCUUUGGUAUCGACGUUCUUCAGUGAGAACCUUCUUGGAGCUGAAGCAGCUUGUAAUAUUUAUCAGAAUCUACUGGCCUGUCAACUUCUGGGGAAUCUGUGCGUGUUGUUGAACUACUAUCCAAACAGUCAGAGCGAUGCCUGCUUCUUCUUUGAAGAAAUCAGGUUUGGACUAAGCCCAAUACUGGCGGACAACAUAGACUGGGCCAUGACAAUGCCAUGGUUGAAGUACUCCAUUGAUACGGCUGACAGGAUCCUAACCGAGACGGCCAUCCCAACCAAAUUCUCCGCUGACCCUUUAUCAACGGACAGUAAACUGAAACUGUUUGUAGCUCAGUAUGGCGCCAAUGGUGACUACAGGGGCUUGGUGUCGGUCAAUGGUGGUGUCAUACAGCUCUGCAAAGACACUGUGUCUGAAAUGGACGCUGCAUAUACCUUUGCCAUGACCUACACAACCAGUUGUAAGUUGACGGCCCAAGAUUUGUGGAACAAUUACGAGACAACAUUCUAUGACAUGUAUCUUCAGUAUACAAACGAUGCAGGAGAAGAAGCACUGUAUGCAAUCCCAGUCCUAUUAGACAACUACCAAGAUGAUGAAGCCUUCCUUAACAGAAGAAGUGCCAACACGAACUGGCAGUUAACACGCCGGUUCUUUCUCGUUGAUAACAUCAGCGGGAAAGAGUCAACCACUGCGCCAGCUAAAGUUGUUCGAUAUGCAAGCAGCAUCGAGAUUCUAGUGACAAUGCAACAGCUCGAUGGGGAGACGAGAGAGGGCAAGAUCCAUCCCCCUCUGCUAAAGAUAACGUACACGGAGCUGGCGUAUGAAAAUAACUACGACGAUAAUACAGAAGUGACGGUGGAUUUCCGAGUGACCUAUGAGAUGAACAGAGACUAUGGAGAGUAUGCUUUGUCUACCUCUCUAGGCAUCUUGAGCGGCGUUGGAAUCGUCUGGGGUCUAGUAAGGUCCAAUGCAUGGAGGCGCCGGGCUGGACUCAUCUACAUCGAUGUCAAGACGAUGUUCAAGUUUGUCUUCUUCACAUUUGCUGCUCUGGGAAACGUCUUCUUUAUCGUCCUCUUUAGUGCUACACUGUACUGGCUUACCUUCUUUAAGCUGCAAGGCUUGGUUUAUUUGGUUCUCCCGACGAAACGUCAAGAAGAGUCCUUCAUUUGGUAUCUAUGUUUCGCAUUCGCCUUCAAGGGCCUUGAGGUUUUGCAUUUGUUGGUCUACCAGUGUCUCAGCGAUAUCUUCCUGAUUGACUGGGAGAGGUCAAGGGGUCGUGUGGUCCAGUCCAAUGACGCUGGGGGUGCCAAGGGGAACGUAGCACCGGUCAGCAUUUGGAGGACGUACUUUGUGGCCAAUGAGUGGAAUGAACUGCAGGAGAUGAGACGCAGCAACAUCUUCUUUCAGAUGGCGGCCAUGCUCUUCUUUCUGGAGGUGGUUGGAUUCAAAAACCUUGCGACGACCGAUCCACGCAGCGAUGUUUACAUCAACCCAGAUGUCUACUACGGCGGCUACAGUAGAGUUUUGCGGUUUGCUGUAGCGGCAGGAAUAUACCUGCUGCUGUCCCUUCUGCAGUGGGUGUUCUUCUCUUUUAUCUACGAGCGUUUUGUUGAAGACAGCAUGAGGAAUUUUGUGGAUCUUUGCUCCAUGGCUAAUGUCAGUGUAUUUGUCCUAAGUGACAGUAACUAUGGAUACUACAUCCAUGGUCGCUCUGUCCAUGGUUUCGCUGACACCGACAUGAAGGAGAUGCGUGACCAACUCAAAAGAGAAGAGGAUAACUUGUGUGGACAAAGAGGGCUCCUGCCGAACUCCGAACAACAGACAUUUGAAAUGUUGCUGCCGCAGAAGUUUAGAGAACAAUAUAACACCAUCAUACAGCCCCUGGACAGUGCAGCCGCCAGGAUUGAUGGCAGUAGAGGUCGACCUGACAGUGGAAGAAACGCACAGGCAGACAAGAUGAUCCAAGCGUAUCAGACGAUGAACAGAUUCCUGGCAGCUUUUCUUGAUCAUGGUAUUCGGGAUAUCGACUACGUGGUGAAAGAUAAACUUCUCCUUGAACAGAUUUUCGACAUUGAGUUUUACGAUCCGAUUGACAAAGGAUUCUUCUACAAUGACGGCGGCCAUUCAUUUGACAACUCGCUGUUCUACGGCCACGAGUCUACACUUCAGAUAUUUGAACUCCUCUUGUUUUGCCUGGUGGAUUUGAUGUUCACCAACUACGUGUUGGCAGCUAUUAUCACGUAUCUCGGGAGUAUACUGAUGAUGAAGAUAAGAGCGGGAGUGGGGCGAGCCAACCUGGCCAAGAAGACACUCGUUGAUGAACGAUUCCUCAUUUAAGUCAGACUUUGUUUAUAAGUUGAGAAAACAAAACCCUUAAUAAAGGCAGUGGACACUAUUGGUAAUUACUCAACAUAAUUGUUAUCAUAA